AUGGUGGUGCUCUUGAUACUGCUGUCUGGGCUGCUCCCUCAUGUUGGGAGUAAGAAGCGUUUCGUUCACCACAACGAGGGGAAUCGUUCUGUUCAGUGCCGUGUCAAUGAUCCCUUCCUAAUUCUGCAUGAGUUUUAUCGACCAGAAGACCUCAUCAUUGGAAAGAUUUCUUCUCAAGCCUUUGCCCUACGCCUCGACACUAAUUUCAGUGAACAACCUUCUGAGGUUUUGAUCAACGAGGUGCCAAAGAACUACCAGCACAUCCUUGCCUUGGCAUUUGCUGUAAAGGAGAUCAAUGAAAACCCCACACUCUUACCUAAUGUCACUUUAGGAUUCCACAUCUAUGACAGCUUCUAUAAUGCCCAGAUGACUUAUAAGGCCACACUGGACCUCCUUUCCACAUGGCACAAGCUAGUCACCAACUAUAAGUGUGAUGUUCAGAACAAUUUGAUAGCUAUCAUCGGAGGACCUGACUCUUGGAUCUCACUCUGUAUGGCCGCCAUCACAAAUACCUUCAAGAUCCCACAGCUUACCUAUGGCUCUCUUGUCUCAUGGUGGACUGACAGAACAUUGUUCCCAUUGAUGUACCAGAUGGUCCCCAAUGAAUCUAAUCAGUACAUUGGGAUUGCCUGUUUACUCCAGCAUUUCAGAUGGACAUGGGUUGGGAUCUUUACAGUAGAUUAUGCCAACGCAGAGAGGUUUUUGCAAGAUUUAGUGCCAGUGCUUUCCCAGAGAGGCAUUUGCCAUUCCUUUAUAGAAAAAAUGCCCAGAUGGGCCUACAAUGAAAGAAUGUUUGCUUUGCUGUCACGAAACUUGGAAACAUUUUCAAAACACAUGAACAGUAAUGUCAAUGUGUUUGUUGUCCAUGGUCAACCACCAUCCAUGUAUUAUUUGUCUUGGUUUUGUCGCACGGCAGGCCUUCAAUCACCUAUAGGUAAGGUGUGGAUUUGGACAACCCACUGGGAGUUUGAAGCAAGUGCUAAUCAAAGAAACUGGGAUAUGCAACCCUUCCAGGGUGCCAUAUCCUUGACAGUUCACUCAAAUGAACCUCCAGGAUUUCAGAGAUUUCUUCAGAAGAUAAAUCCUUCCUGGGCAAAAGAAGAUGGCUUCAUCCAUGACUUUUGGGAGCAGGCAUUCUACUGUUCAUUGAACAAUUCCAGCGUGGGUGAGAAUUCCAUAGAACCCUGUACUGGGAAAGAGAAGUUGGAGGAUCUUCCUGGGCUUUUCUUUGAAAUGGGCAUGACUGGCCAUAGCUACAGUGUCUACAAUGCUGCCUAUGCCAUUGCACAUGCUCUAAAGACUAUGUAUGAAUCCCAGUCCAAGUACAGAACAUUUGUGCCUGAAAGGCAGCUGCAACCUUGGAAUCUGCAGCCUUGGCAGCUCCACCCCUAUCUGAGGAGCACCUCAUUCAACAACAGUGCUGGAGAAACAAUUCACUUUGAUGAAAACGGAGAAUUAAUUGCCGGGUUUGAUGUGGCAAAGUGGGUCACUUUCCCAAAUAAAUCUCUUGUUAAAGAAAAAGUGGGACAACUGAAUCCUCAGGCUCUUUUGGGCAAAGAAUUAACAAUGCAGGAUGAAAGAAUCCAUGUGAACACAAGGUUUAACCAGGCGUUGCCCAUUUCUGUGUGCAAUGACAACUGCUAUCCUGGCUACAGCAGGCAACAGAAGGAAGGACAGCCAUUUUGCUGCUAUGAUUGUACUCAGUGUCCAGAAGGGAUGAUCUCUGCCAACAAGGAUAUGGAUUACUGCAUCAGCUGUCCACCAGAUCAUUAUUCAAGCGCAAACCACAAUCACUGCAUUCCUAAAGUGAUAAGCUAUCUCUCUUACGAGGACUCUUUGGGGAUGGGUUUCGCUUUGACGGCUCUUUCUUUUUCUGUCAGCACAGCUGUGGUGCUCGGAACCUUCCUGAAACACAAGGACACCCCCAUCGUCAAAGCCAACAACCGGAGCCUCACCUACGUUCUCCUCCUCUCCCUCCUUCUUUGCUUCCUGUGCUCCUUGCUCUUCAUUGGAAAGCCUCAGAAGGUGACCUGCCUUGUACGACAAAUGGCUUUUGGCCUCGUCUUUUCUGUCGCUCUUUCGGCUGUACUAGCUAAAACCAUAACUGUGGUGAUUGCAUUUGUGGCUAGCACACAAGGAUCCAGAAUAAGGAAGUGGGUCAGCAAAAAACUGGCAAAUUCCAUAAUCCUUUUCUGCUCCUUUAUUCAAGGGAGCAUUUGCACUCUUUGGUUAAGUACUGCUCCUCCAUUCCCUGAUGUUAACACGUAUUCAGUGACAGAAGAAAUUGUAUUGGAAUGCAAUGAAGGCUCAGAGAUCAUGUUUUAUUGUGUUUUGGGUUAUAUGGGCUUCCUGAGCAUUGUUUGUUUCACCAUGGCUUUCUUAGCCAGGAAGUUACCCGACACUUUCAAUGAAGCCAAGUUCAUCACUUUCAGCAUGUUGGUCUUUUGCAGUGUUUGGUUGACUUUUGUGCCUACCUAUCUGAGCAUAAAAGGGAAAUAUAUGGUAGCUGUGGAGAUCUUCUCCAUCUUAGCAUCCAGCGCUGGCCUCUUGGGUUUCCUCUUUCUCCCUAAAUGCUACCUCAUUGUGAUAAAGCCUGAACUGAACAAUGGGAAGCAAUUAAGAAUGAGGAAAAAACUGUAA